GAGGUGAAGAACGCCGGAGCCCUGGCGAAAAAUGAGCUUUUGGGGCUUUUUCUGCACAUGGCAAUUUGCCACCGGAUAAAUAAGCCUCUAGAUGGCAUGGUGGCUCUGUUCAGGGACACAGCCCGGCCCUGGCUGCGCAACAGUGACCCCGGACAAAAGACCCAGAAGCAUGUGAUAGUGAUGGGAGCCACCAACCGUCCUCAGGACCUGGACUCCGCCAUCAUGAGGAGAAUGCCCACCCGCUUUCACAUCAACCAACCUGCUCUGAAACAAAGAGAAGCAAUCUUGAAGCUCAUUUUGAAAAAUGAAAACGUGGACAGGCACGUAGAUCUCCUCGAAGUUGCUAAAGAGACUGAUGGCUUCUCAGGCAGCGACCUGAAAGAAAUGUGCCGGGAUGCAGCGCUCCUCUGCGUCAGGGAAUACGUGAAUUCCGCCUGUGGAGAAGAGACCCACGACGAGGACGAAAUUCGGCCCGUGCAGCAGCAGGAUCUCCACAGGGCGAUUGAGAAGAUGAGGAAAUCGAAGGAUGCCACGCUGCAGAACGUUCUCAUGCACGUUAGUUUAGAUUAA